AUGGUAGAAAACAAAAUUAUUCUGAAUUAUCAGACUAAUGAAGUUAUCAUUCCUGACGGGGCUGAAAUAGUGCUACAACCCCGCACUGAAACCCUUGUAGGAAUAGAAGCAGAGAAUCGCGCAGAAAAUGAAAUCAUCCUCAUCGAAUGUCAAGAAGUCACGAAAUCAGUCAUGUGCAGUAACUCUGUAACCAAAGUACAAAACAAAUGGGUGUUAGCCACACUCAUCAACCCAACCGAAGAAGCAAUAAGGCUAAGGACGCCCAAUUUAAAGGAACUGAUCCAUGAGCAGUUCAGGGAAGCUCUGAUACAUUCGGUACAAGUCACGGAUCUACAAGAAGAACCUCAUGCAAGCAGUCGACUGAAAAGAUUGGAAGAAGCACUUAGAACCGAUCAUCUGAAUUUUGAAGAAAGGGAAUCAUUAGUGGCCAUCUGUCAAGACUACUCGGACAUAUUCUUUUUAGAAGGAGAUCGAGUGUCAGCAACUACAGCGGUCACACACAGGAUCAAAACCUCAGAAGCGGUAUCGCCAAUUCACGUAAAACCCUACCGUUUACCACAAAGGCAUUGA